AUGAAACAUUUUCUCGAAGUAUAUAAUUCCUCAACACAUUCUACAACAGGACAUACACCAAAUUCAAUGACACAACAACAAGAAGAAAAGUAUAUACAAAAGAAACGAAACCAAACACAAAAUAUCAGAAAUUCAACACAAUUUACCCUCAUUCCUGGUACAAAAGUUCGUGUAGUUCUUGACGACAAACCGUUGACAAAGAAACGUUUAAGGUUAAGUAGAAACUAUUAUAUCGUAGACUCUACGCAAGGUAAUGGAUAUCUUAUAAAAGCUGCUGACGACUCCAUAGCAUUUUAUCCUCGUCAUAAAUUAGUCGAAAGUAGUAAUGGCAAACUUGCUGAAACCAUUGACGAAGCAAAGCGAGGAGUGGUUAUUGAAAUACUUGACUAUAACAUAAACGAUGACACUUAUAAAGUAAGAUAUGAAGGAGGUGUUGAAGAUGUUAUACCAUCUAAGAACUUGAGAGAGUCAAAGCCAACACAUCUGGGACCAUUAGAGCGGGAGUAUUGGAAAGACAAAAACAUGCCAGAAAGAAUAAGAAAAUUCUUCUAA